AUUAGAUUAUUUAAAUAUAUAAGGAUAAAAUAAUAAAAAUAUUAGAAGAAAAUAAUCUCAACCCAAGGGAAACUUUAUUAAGACAAUAUUGGAAACCCAAACAAUUUUAAUUAAAAGUUUAUUGUAAACAAUUUGCAAAUAAGAAAAAAAAAUCACACAUCAAAAUUAGCCAGACUCAAAGUCUAUGCAUUUAGUAAACAUCUACGGAGCUGAGACAAGCAUUCUGAAGCUGUGGCUCUUCAUCGAUUUUACACCUUCACUAUCCAAAAUAUUGUUUGUACUUAUCCAUCACCAAAAUAUCCAUGAUAUUCUGGAACUAUAGUUGAAACUAGAACAAAAUUAGUUUUAUAUCUUUCAUGACACAAGUUCUCUUUACCUGAACUCAGUCCUUCUUCAUUCCCUUAUAUUUACCCCUUUCUUUUUCUCCUUUUUAUAUAUUAUAUACUUACCCACAUGUACAUUGUUUACAUAUAUGUGUAUGGAUGUAUAUAACAGGGGCUAUUUGCCAGAUGAGCCCAGGAAAAAGAGGCAACAUCUCUCAGCCCAGUCCUCACCCCAAUUCCUCUCUCCAGUUAGACCUCACUUGAUCUUUUUUUUUUUUUUUUUUGGUUUUUCGAGACAGGGUUUCUCUGUGUAGCUUUGCGCCUUUCCUGGAACUCACUUGGUAGCCCAGGCUGGCCUCGAACUCACAGAGAUCCGCCUGCCUCUGCCUCCCAAGUGCUGGGAUUAAAGGCAUGCGCCACCACCGCCCGGCUCACUUGAUCUUUUUAUAUCACUUCCAAACCCUCUGUACCUUGAAGCUCUCUUCAUCUCCAUGACACUUUGAGCCUAAAACAGGGAGACAGUCUUAGAGGUCUAGGAGGCUUCAUUUAAUGUGUCUCUGUGCUUUCAGGUGUGGGACCACAGACUGGCAAAGCCAACAUUUACGUGGAAUUUCUGGGGUUGCUGACAACAUGCAAAUCCUGAUGUCACCUGCCCGGAGCUGUUGUGCCCUGGCCAUCCUGCUGGCAAUUGUGGACUUCCAAUGUGGUGGGUGCAUCUAUGUCACCAGCUCAGCAUCCCAGAAAGGAGGGCAACUGGACUUCACCUGUACUCUGUGGCACAAGAAGGAUGAAGCUGAGGGACUAAUGCUCUUCUGGUGCAAAGAUAGGUCUUGGGACUGCUCCCCUGAGACCAGCUUAGAACAGCUAAGGGUUAAAAGGGAUCCUGGGACAGAUGGCAUCACUGAACAGUCAUCUCAGCUGGUGUUCACCAUAGAACAAGCCACACCAUCCGACAGUGGGACCUACCAGUGCUGUGCCAGAAGCCAGAGGCCAGAAAUCCACAUCCAUGGUCAUUUUUUCUCUGUUCUAGUCACAGGGAACCACACCGAGAUAAGCCAGAGACAGAAGCAGCACCCUGGCUUCAGCCAUAUUGACAGCACUCUCAGUUCAGGCUUCCCGCAAGCAAAGGCCUGGGGGGUGAUGGUCACCAGCCUGGUGGCCCUUCAAGGUAUGUCCAGAAGAGACUGCAGCGCUCCAAACUAUGAGUCUGUGUCCUUGCAAGGUUAACUAUUUCCUAGGAGGGAAAGUCCAGAAAGGAAGCUCGGAAGAAGGGACAGAUGCCCCCCAAGCCCUGGCUCUCUACAGAAAAGUACAAACCAGUGUGUGGGUGGAAGUGGUCUGAAGGUACUCGUCUCCUAACUCUGCGUCUCCAUGGAGACAGACGAACAGGACGGUCCUCUGGGCAAGAGGUCAGUCCUCUUAGGAAAGGCUGGGAGACAAACAUGCUGCCUCCAGUCACUCAGUGGACACAGCACUCCAGUUCAGGCGACAGGUCUCUAUUAUACAAAGCUGAACAAGGCAGGAGACAGGGCCGGGCUGAGGUGGAGUUUGAACACAGCUGCUCCACAAAGUGGAGGACCAUACUGAGUAUUGAAAGACUGGGACAUUGAACAAUUUGUCACUAGGCUUUUGCAUAACAAAUAACUGAUGCAAGUCUCUGUCCUUGGCAGUCAAAGGCCAGCUUCCACAUGGGUGUGUAUGUGUGUGUGUGUGUGUGUGUGUGUGUGUGUGUGUGUGUGUGUGUGAGGAUGGAGCAGUCUGACUGUUUACACAUACUGAAUACAAGUUUCCCUAGUGGGUUAAACUAGAUUCUUGUUAAUGUUAUUUCUUCAGGCACAGCACAAACUCAAAGGGGAAACUGAGUCCAGCCUUGCACUCUCACCACUACCUCUGACUCCAGAUUCAUCCUAGAACAGCAAGUCUCAGCUCCUACUUCUCUUUUCUAGUCAAGAACAAAACUUUAAAUUCAAUUAGUUUCUCCUGGGCUCAAGGCACACAAAAGGAAGAAAAAAACCACAACAAAGCUAAAUCAUAUACUCGCUAUGUUAGGAAGCUGUAGGAGAGAGAUUGAGACUGGCCUCCGACUCGCAGCCCUACCCCAGGCAUCUGACCGCUGGGAUUACAGGUGUGAGUAGCCAUGUCUAGCCUUUCCUUGUCUUCACCUUCCUCCAACCCAAGGCUUAGUAGAAUUAUGGAAGAGGCAGUGUUCCGCAGAAAGAUGCACACAUUUUCGUCGGCCUUCACAAUAUCAUAGACACUGUAGGGGGCCAUCCCACCCCUACUCUUCCCCAGGGUACUCUUGAGCAGGAGCAGCAGGAAAUAUUAGAAGUAUAGAGGGAAGAGAAACAGAUAGAAAAUACAGAAUAACCUCAAAAGGACUUGGAUCCUAAUCCAUCAGGCCCUGACUGUCUGCCAAAGGGUUUUUAAAGGAACACCAAGGGGUGGAGCUAAUGACCUCCCCCAGCACAGCCAAGUGCAGACCAUCCCAGACACCUGGUCCUCAGGCCCGUCAUCCAAUCAUCCUCUUUAUGCAGACCUGCUGAGUAAAGCCACUAGGAAAACUACAUGGGCUCCAAAAGGAGACCAAGUUAUAAGGCUUUCUUUCAUGUGAGGUUAAAGAUGGAGUGUCCUGGUCCCCUGUGCUUCCCUCUGCGCCCUCCACACAACAUGGACAUUAUGUUCAUACAUUUUCCCCUUCCCUCUCUAGUCAUGAAAGCCUAUCAAACACACAUCUCAGGACAGGUGAGACUUCUCAAAUCAGACACUCUGUGUCAUGAUGGUCUAAGCUGUGAGGUAAUAAUACAAACCAUUUUCUUUCUACAGCUCUAUACACCUUGUGAUAAAGAAUAAAACCUCAAAAAGAAGGUGCAGCAAGAUAAAUCCCACAAUGCACACAGAGAAGAAUGGUACAAGGAACAGAUGCUAAGUAAUCCAAGAAUCUGGAGGGCCAGCAAGAUGGCUCAACCACGAACAGGAGCUUGCCUGCCAAGCUUCAGCUCAAACCUCUGCACACACAUGGUGUAAAGACAGAACUGACUCCCACAAACUGUCCUCUGACCGCCACGGGAGUGCUGUGCCCCGACCCCAAUAAAUAAAAUCAUUCCAAGGAUCUGGUAGACAUCUGGCUUCCUUCUUGGUCUCCCUUCCUUCCUGCCGGCACGAGCCUGCCUUCUCCCACCUCAGUGCCAAUAAAGAAAACAUUCUGCAGAUGGCCACAUAAAGAUAGUGUGCUAUCUUUAAACACCAGGUCUGCUUUAUACCACAAAAUAGUGUUUUGUCUCCCCUGCAACACAGUAAAAUCAGCAAGUUUCAAUUUUAUGUGUGUGUAUGAUGUGCGUGCGUGCGUGUGUGUGUGUGUGUGUGUGUGUGUGUGUGUGUGUGUGUGUGUAGGUCAGAGGACAACUCUUGGGAGUUGCUUCUCUCCUCCUACCGUGAGGUCUGGAGAUCAAACUUAGGAAGCCAGGCUUGUGCAAGUGCUUUUAGCUGCCGAUCUAUCUCACCAGCCCCCAAUAAGCAAGCUAAAGAAGAACGUCAGGCCUGGAGACAUGGCUUAGUGGUUGAGUUCAAUCACAAAGACUGGAGUUUGGCUCUCAGGACCCAUGUAACAAGCCAAGAGUUCCCACAAACACCUAUAAGCUCAGCUUCAAGGGGCCAGAGACAGGAGGAUUUCUGGGACUUGCUGGGUUCCAGCCUAGUGGAGAAACUGUGAGACCCUACCUCAGAAGAAUAGGUAGAGAAUGAUGAAGGACACCAAAUGCCCUCUUCUGGCCUCCAAUGCACUUGCACCUACGCAUGUGCACGUACACACACACACACACACACACACACACACACACACACACACACACUAAAUAAAUCUUUAAAAAGGAAAAUACCAUUUUAAAAAAGAACUGUUUGUUUAACACUGCAAAGGAAAAAAGACAAAACAAGCAAACUGGGGAGGAAAGGGAGCAGGAGAACCAGGUCCAGUGACUGACUUGGAAGGCAAACAAAAAAGCAAGGCUGACACUGCUAGAAGAGGUGAGGCCCUCCCACGGCCCAGGGACACUACGGGCUGCAACUGUCUACCUUCAACAAGGACCUACAGCCUCUUUGGUCACUAGUCUUUUUCAAAGACGCUCAAAGCAGUUAUUUGCAGGCUUCUCUUGUUCCUAAACUCACAGACCCUCUUUGACUUUGGACAGAUAACCCUUGUCACACGCAGAACAAGGGGCAGGCUAUUUCCAACAGCAGGGACGACAUGAACGAAAAGAUAGAAAGAGACAGUCGGGUGGAGCUAAGUGAAAAGCCAUCAAAUAGACAUCUCACCUGUCAUCUUUUUGACACCGACCUACCCAAUGUGGAAACUAAGAUUUACAGAGACCAAGACCCAAGGCCGACAUGUUACAGCAAUGUCUUUAAUAGGGUGGUCUUGAAUUUCAAACUAAAGAUUUCUGACUCUGUGUCCUCUAGAGAUAAAAACACUAGGCUUGAAGUGUAAAACCUGGAUCCAAAUUCUGGUGCUGCAACUGAGAGCUGCAUGUCUUUGGGCAAGUGAAACUUAUUUUUAUUUCAUGUGUUUGAACACUUUGUCUGCAUGUGUGCACAAGAAUGCCUGGUGCCCAAAGAAGCCAGAGGGGCAUCAGAUCCCUGUCCUGCAGUUAGACAGGUGUGUGAAGGGACUAUCACUACCGUGUUUUCCUGAGGAUCAAAUAAGACUAGAUUUGGAACCCAGAGACAUCUGAAUCCUGACUCCAAAGUCUCCAAAACUCUCUCCCUACAUUACAUUCUCCGUAAGCUUUUCUAACUGUUUGUGGCUUUAACUGCAUUGUACGCUCACAUUAAAAUGACUCUCCAGAGGAUCUUCUGUGACCACUCAGCUCUUCAGUGACUUCAGCAUCACAACCAAUGACAGGGACGGUUCCAUACACCAUGCUGUACCAACCAGAGUGCACACAUAGCUAUACACCAGACACGUGGUCUCUGCUCAUCUAUCAAGACAUUCAGAAGUCUUGAACUAAGCAGAAUAAAUGAGCAACCAGAAAGCAAAUGUCUAAAGAAUCUGUUUAUUCUACUUAUUUCAAGAUUCAGUUAAGCAGAAAUUAGAAAUAUUGUCUUGGUUUUAAAGUGUGUUCACACGAUCAAUUUCAAUUUUAAGUAAGUCCAAGGACUUCCAUGUAUGAACCCCAAAAUCUGUAUGAAUAAUUCAUAACUUGUGAAGCCACUGAGCUAUUACAAAGAACUUACAAAGCCAUUUUCUUCUGUACAAAUAAAUAUCUUAGAUAUAUAUGUAUAUAUAUCAAGUUACAUGUAUAUACAUAUAUACAUACGUACAUGUAUACAUAUAUAUGUAACUGGACAUAACUAAUAAAAUAUACACACAUAUAUAUGUAACUGGAUAUAACAAAAACAAAUUGAUUUAAAAUCAGAAAUCACUGCAGCCUUUUGCCAUAUUCAUUCAUCAAAAAUUGCUAGAAAUAUAGCUAUCUCUCUUCUUGUUGGGAGGAUUUCUAAUAAAUUUUAGGUAUUAAAAACUGUACUACUGCUGGGCAGUGGUGGCACAUGCCUUUAAUUUGAGCACUCAGGAGGCAAAGGCAGAUGGAUCUCUGUGAGAGCGAGUUCCAGGACAGCCAGGACUGUUACACAGAGAAACCCUGUGUCAAAAAACCCAAACCAAACAAAAAUAAAAACAAAAAAAACAGCUGUACUUCUGAUUAGAAAACAUAACCACAACAAGCCACACCCAUGAUCCAUAGGCCUAAGGGUCUUAGUGAGAAGGAAAAGCUACAACAGAUGCUUCGUUUAUGUGGACACCAUCUAAUUUGUCACACAAAAAAAUUUGUAUGUUAAAAACAAACAAACCAACCAACCUCAAACUUGAAUGUCUGCAGUUCCUCUUGUCUGGGACAUCUUCUCGCUCAGCCGAGAGCCACACUUGGACCUGGAAUAUGCCCUAGUCACGCAUACUGUAUUCUGAUUUCCAUUACAAACCCUGGGCAGCCUUGCAGUACCCGGCCUGUGUGCCCAGAGAAGGGCAUUAGUGCCAGCCAGAAUUUUCUCCCACAGGAAUGACACCAUUCCAUUCGAUCUUUACCCAGCUCCAUACACAGAACUUUGGAGAAUCAUUCUGGGAACUCCAAGAGUAGUCUUACCCAACUUUCAAAUCUCCAUUAAUCUCACAAACAGCACUGUAUUCAUCAGGGUUCAUUCGAGGAACAGAACUGGUAGAAUAAAUAUUUACACAUAUGUACAUAUUCAUAUAAAUAAUACAUAAUAACUCAUAUGUAUUCAUAUAAUACAUUGUGUGUACAUAUAUGUGAUUAUUAGAGUAGCCGACAGUCUGGGGUCCUGCUAGUCCAAUAAUAGCUGUCCAAUGGAAAAGCCAGGAAUCCAGUAGUUGCUCAGUCUACCAGGCUGGGUGUCUCAGCUGGUCUUCAUUAUACGCUGGAAUCCAGAAGAAGUAAGGCACUAAUGCCAGUGAAGGAAUGAACUUGCCAUCAAGAGCAAGGACAAGCAGGCAAAGAGCAAAAGACUUCUUCCCUGUCUUUUAUACAGGCUGCUACCAGGUGUAGCCCAGACUAAAAGUGGAUCUUCCCACCUCAAAAGAUCCAGAUUAAAGGUGGGUCGUCCCACACCAAGUGAUUUAAUUAAGAAAAAGCCCUCACUGGUGUGCCCUUCAUUUUCAGAUUUUAGUUAAUUCCAGAUGUAGUCAAGUUGAUAACCAAGAAUAGCCAUCACAAGCAUGUUUAUCUUAUUGUACAAUAUUAUUUUAAGGUGUGUUACUUUUGCUUAUGCUCUGGAACAUUUGUUUAAUGAUGAAAAGAUGUGUUUGAUUAAAUAAAAUUCACCUGUCAAGUUUCAGGAGGUCUUGCCUGACCAAACCUGAUCCAUAUUUACCCUGAAGGAAUUCACAGCCUUUCAUCUCCUGUGAGAACAAAACUCCAAAGCAUUUUUUUAUUUCCUUUUGACAAGUAUAUUUUUUUAAAGUCUUUUUUUUAAGAUUUAUUUAUAUUUAUUAUGUACACAGAAGAGGACACCAGAUCUCAUUACAGAUGAUUGUGAGCCACCAUGUGGUUGCUGGGAAUUGAACUCAGGGUUUCUGGAAGAGCAGUCAGUGCUCUUAACCUCUGAGCCAUCUCUCCAGCCCGACAAGUAUAUUUUUUGACUUUUUAAAAGUUAAGUUUUUCCUAAAGUAUAUAGACUGAUUUACUUCAACAGUCCCUCUUCCAAUUCCUUUGCUUUUCAACAAUCAAAAAAUUCAAAAUCAAUACAAUAACAUACAGGAUCAGGACUCCCUGAGUAUUUCCCAUCUUACGUGGCUUUUUUUCUUUUAUAUUACUUUUACUCUCUCUUUAAAGACUUUAUUAUUGUUUUUAAACUAUUCAUUUCUUUCUAUGAUUAUACCCUUUUUUCCUUUCUUAAGCCUAUGCACACUGUUAAACACACUGUAACCUGUUCAGAGGUUUUUCUGUCUAGACCUCUCUUGUCUUCAGCCUUCUUUGAAUGGAUGAACACACAGACUCCCACACCUAGAUGCUCUGUACACAGCUCUCAGCUGGCUCCGCCUGCUUCUUGGGUCUUGAAAACCAAGCGUGAAACUCUCAGGCUGUCGGAGGUUUGUCUGGCCAGGGACUGCAUUCAACCUCCCUAGAGCUAUAGAAUGCUAAUGUUUGUGCUGUGGCAGGCAUUUUUACUUAGGUUUUUGUUCCUACUUAAUGUACUGGCUGCUCAAGGGCUGGCCAGCAGGCUGAAACUCUUUAAGAAGCCAUGUCUUCUUCUUCUUCUUCUUUUUAAAGCUUUCUCAGGCACUAUGGAAAUUUGAGCACCACACUGGUAUGCCAAAAUGUUGUUGCUUAUUUUUUACUCUUUUGGGGAGCCCACCACCCAGCUCCCAAAUAAAUCAUAUGAAAGCUUAUUCUUAUUUAUAAAUGCCUGGCCUUAGCUUGGCUUGUUUCUAGCCAGCUUUUCUUAACUUGGAUUAACCCAUCUGGUUUUUACCUCUGAGCUUCCCCCCAUUCUGUAAAUCUUACUCUUACUCUGAGGCUUGCUGUGUAGCUGGGUGGCUGGCCUCUGGAAGUCUUCCUCCUUCUCUGGCUCCUUCUCUUUCUUUUCUCUCCUUCUAUCUAUUCUCUCUGCCUGCCAGCCCCACCUAUCUCUCCCUCCUGAUUUUAACCCUGAAUUUGAUUAUUUCUUACCAUCUACUACCCUUGGUUGUGAUUACUUCUUUUUGUUCUAGAGCUUUUAAGAUGCUAGUAUGAGACCUCUCCAAUUUUUUAAUGCAGGCACUUAGUGCUACAAACUUUCCUCUUAGCACCACUUUCACUGGGUCCCAUUAAGUUUGGGUAUGCUGCGUAUUUGUUUUCACUGAAUUCUAGAAAGUCUUUAAUUUCUUUAUUUCUGUCUUGACCCAUUUUUCAUUCAGAAGAGAGUUGCUCUGUUUCCAUGAGUUUGUAGUUGUUACACAAAGAAACUCUGUCUUGAAACCAAAAAAAAAAAAAAAAAAUUGAAAUGGCAUCUUAGUGGAUUUUUCCUUUUCUAUCUCUUUUGAUUAAUUUUGGUUUGAAGUCUAUUUUAGAUAUUAAAUUGGCUACACCAGCUCAUUUCUUGGGUUCAUUUGCAUAUAAUAUCUUUUCCCAAACCUUUACCCUGAGCUAAUGUCUAUCCUUGAUGUUGUGGUAUGUUUCUUGGAUACAGCAGACAGAUGGAUCCUGUUUUCGAAUCCUUUCUGAAUAGUCUGUGUCUGUUUGUUUUUGUUUUGCAAGACAGGGUUUCUCUGUGUAACCCUUACCACCAUCAGGCUAGUCUGUGUCUUUUUAUAGGGCAAUUGAGUCCUUUGAUAUUGAGGGAUAUCAAUGACCAGUGGUUGUUGAUUCCUGUUAUUUUGUUGUUGUUAUUGUUGCUGCUGCUGCUGCUGGUGGGUGGGUGGAUGGGUGAGUGUGCUUCCCUUAAAAAUAUGGAAUGCUUCACAAAUGUGUGUGUCACCUUUGCACAGGGACUAGAGCAUAUGAGGUCUUAACCCCUAAGCCAUCUCUCCAGCCUAGGAAUUAUUUUUUCUAAAAAUUAAAUUAAACCAUUAUUGUAAGGAAAGGGCCAAAAAGUUACAAAUAGCAAGAGAGGCAUGUUAUCCUAGAGUCUUCCAGCUUCUCAACAUUUCAAAGAAUUGGAAAUGGGAACUCUGGGGAAAAUUAAUUUUAAACACCACGUCAUUCCUUUUCAUUCCGUACAGCUCCUCAGCCCUGACGCUUUAAAGGCUCGGGAAAUAAGGCUAAGUGUCCAUUUCUCCGCACUCCACAACACCCUUUAACUCCAUCUGGCCAAACUAACUAUGGUGGUUUGAGUGAGAAUGGCCCCUAUGGCUCAUAUAUUUGAAUUCUUGGUCCUCAGUUGGUGGAAAUUUCAGGAAGGAUUUAGAAAUAUGGCCUUAUUGAAGGCGAGUGUCACUGGAGGUGGGCUUUGAGAUUUCAAAAGCCCAGGCAUUCCCAGUUAGCUCUCUCUGCCUCCUGAUUUUGGAUAAAAACAGAAGCUCUCAGCUACUGCCCCAGGGUCACAUCUGCUGCUUGCUGCCAUGAUCCCCAUCAUGAUGGACUCUAACUCUCUGAAACCAUGUGCCCCAAAUUAAAUGCUUUCUUUUAUAAGUUGCCUUGGUCAUGGUGUUUUGUCAAGGCAAUAGAAAAGGCACUAAAACAACAGACCUGACUCAGCUGUCUGAAAAAUAUGAAGGGCAAUUAGUCCCUGCAAGGGUAGCAAGACUCUAGACCAUAGUCUUCCAUCUUUCAAGUCUAUCAUGCUCUGAAUGUACAAGUAACUGUUUCAAAUCAGCAGAUAAGAAUAUCUGUAUAUAUACAAAUACAGAGAAAUAUGUAUUUCUAUCAAUAAAGAGCAGGCAAAAAUCAGAAUAAGAAAAAUCUGUUGAGCUCUGCAUAGAAUUCAAAGGGUAAGGCAUUUUAUAUUAAUGUAAAGGUCUCAUGCUUCAUUUUGAACUGACAGCUUUUCACAACCAAGAAUCACCUGAGAAAAGACUCUCAAUGAGGGAUUACUUAGAUUAGGUUGGCAUGUGGACAUUCCUGUAAGGAAUUUUUUUUUUAUUUCUUGAUUGAGGUGGGAAGACCAUUCUGAACAUGAAUGGCACAUUUCAUGGACUGGACACUGAACUGUAUGAGUGAAAUGGGGGCUGAGGGAACUAGACAAGCAGGCAUGCAUGCUUGUAUUCUCUCUCUGCUCAACUAAGGAUGUGACUAGCUGCUUCAAGCCCUGCCUUUUCCCCACAUGACUGCAAGCUGGAAUACAAGCCAAACAAACCACUUCUCCCCUAAGCUUUUUGUGGGAUGUUUAUCACAGCAGCAGAAAUGAAACUAAGACACUACAUUUAAGGGUAAAGCUUUAUGAAAAUAAGCUUUUAAUCCCAGCUCACAUUCUGGUGUUAGUUCAAAGAAUAUAAAAUGUUUCUUCUCUUCUCUCCUAGAAUGGGCGGCAUCUCUUACUUCAGGUUAAACUAUGUCCAGAUACUAUAUACCAUCCCACUGUAGUCUCUAAGCCAAUGUAGACAUUUAUUUACCAGGAAUUAACUUUUGCUCACAUGGCAUGAAAAUCUCUCCAUGCAUCAUUUCUAUGUUCCAUCCUUGCGAUGGUCAAGUCUAAGUGGCAAUCUGACUAGGUUGCAGGAGGCCCACAUAUUCAGUCAAACAUUACUCUCAGUGUUUCUGUGAAGGUGUUUUUGAAUAAAAUUAACAUUUGACUCAGUUGGCUGAAAAACAACAUAUUAUUCCGAAGCCCAAACAAUUGAGGGCCUGAAUUAAAUAAAAAGGCUAUUCUCUCUCAAGUUAGGGAUGCUUUAACUCCUUCUAUCCAAAUGUCUAAGUUGGGAGAUCUGUCUUCCCUGCCUGUGGCGCUGGAACUCAUCAGCUUCCUCGGGCCUGUGGAGGCUUUUCUGGUGUGCAGGCCUACAGACUUGACUAGAACUGCACUCACUGCUCUCCUGGACUUCACACUAAAGAUACCGGGACUGCACAAGCCAAUUUGUGAUUUAGUGUAAUCUAUUUCUCUAUCAUCCAAUCAGUUCUGUUUGUCUGAAGUAUCCUAAUUCCUUAGAUAAACUAGCCCAGAAGUCUGCGGUACCUGCUAUAAUAGGAACACUAAAAACUGAGUGGACAAGUCUGGGAGACAGCAAAAUGCCUUCUGUCCUCUCUCAAGAGACCACAAAAAAUGAAAGUAAUGUUGUCUGUGUACUAUACCAUGAAUUAGAGCAUUUGUUUGCAUAUUGUGUAAAUUAAUUUCUAGUUCUAGCUUCCCAGGUGUAACAAACUGUGUUUGUGUUCUGUGUUUCACAGGAAACACAAACUGCCUGUCUUGGCAUUUCUGGACACAGUGAGCAGACCAACACUCCGGAGCUACUAUCAUCUUUCUGAGACAAGUGUUUGUUCGAAAACUGGAAUGUGUUCCUAUGGUGAUAUUUUAUUUGUAUUAAAAUGUUAUUUGUAUGUUAAUAAAUAAAGUUGCCCGGGGGUCAGAGCUAUUAGCAAGCCAUAGGAAAGCAGGGCAGUGGUGGCGUACGCUUGUAAUCCCAGCACUUGGUAGGCAGAGCUAGGUAAGUCUGUGUGUGUUCAGGGAUACAGCCAUUAUUGGAUACACAUGCCUUUAAUCUCAAUACCAAUCAUGGAAAACCUGGAGGCCUAUACAGACAGGCCGUGAUGAGGCGGUCAUGUGAUUGGGUUUACAACCAAUGAGAAGGCAGAACAGAAAUUCUAUAUAAGGACUUUAACACAGAAAGUAGCUCUUGUUCGGAGAAGUAGGACCACCGCAGGAGGAAGGGUAAGGUUUUAGCUCUUAGCUCUGACCUCUUGGCUUUCUUCUUUGCAUUGGUUCUGUGUUUCUUACUUAAUAAGAAGGUUGGUUACAUCUACAUGUUCCAGCUUCAAUACAGCUUCCUCCAGGUUAAUGACCAAAUAUUCAUAACAGAAUUCUUAUUUCCUCUGAUUCUCCUUCCAAUCCAAAGUCAUUGUGUAUUUUCAGGCUACAUUUAUGGCCUAACCACAAUAAACAGAUCACUCCACCUCCCCACCCCAUCCCUGAAGAAACAUCCACUACGAAGGCAGGGCAUGAAAGGAUAUAAGAAAAUAUUUUUCAUUUCCUCUAAGCUAUUUAAAUUAUGUAUGUGUGUAUGCAUGUGUACACACGAAGCACACAUUCUGGAAAUACUAGGGAUUGAACCUAGGUCAUUAUAUAAACCAAGCAAGUGUUCUAUGCUAAUCAAUAUCCCUAGCCUCUUUUUAUAUUUUUAUUUUGAGAUAGAAUCUCACUAAGUGGUCUAAGCAGGCUUUGAACUAUGUAGCCCAGGCAAACCUUUAAACUGUGACUCUCCUGCUUCAGCCUUCCAAACAGCUGGGAUUACAGGGCCCAUGCCACCAGAACUGGCUUUUGAAUCAUACUCUGACUACAACCUUUAGGGGCCGGCCACUCUCUCACUAUUUUCUUUUCCCUCCCUAACUUCUUCAUCCUCUAACCAAAUACAAAGACAUCUUUAAUCCACACACUCACUCCCAGAAUGUAAGUCAUCAAAAAUUGGGGAAGGACUCCUAGCCAAGAAAGAGACACACCAAACCCAAACUGUAGUGACCUUGUUCUGAUUGUCA